AUGUCUGAUCCGAAGCGGGUAAAGCUUUAUUAUAGUGAUCCAAUUGGAUCUGAAGAAGAGGAGGAGGAGGAGGAGGAGGAGGAGGAGGAGGAAGAGGAGGAAGAGGAAGAGGCCAAUAGCGAUCCAAAUGAUUCCGAGGAAGACUCUGUUGAUGAAGAGAACGAUAGAAAAGUCGUCAACCAUCUAAUUCGUCCCAGAGCUCCCGUGGAAGUCACUAUCAAUGAAGACAACGACGACGACGACGACUCGGAGAAUGACUUUGAUAGUGAAUUUGACAAUUAUGGAGUCGCUAGACGCCUGUGUAAAAUAAUGUUAAGCGGCGUCACUGAUGGCGAUUACCUUGGUGGUAAUAUAGCUUAUUCGAAGUCUUAUACCAGCGCUCCAAACCCAGGACUUGCGGCGGUGCCUUAUGGAAUAUUGCGUCUACCACUUUCGAGGCGUGAUGUUGAGGCAGCUGUUGGACUUACAAAGUUAUCGUUACCCGUUGACGGGGUGUUGGAGGUUCUUCCGGAUCUUAUUGAGAUUAGGAAUCCGGAUUGGAUUAAAUGGGUAGAGAAGGAAUUGCUACCGGAGGUAGUGAAGAGUUUGGGACUUGAAGGGAAGUCUAAUAUAAUACCCGCUUUUCAGGGGGUGAGAGUUUAUUCUGGUGGAGCUACGGCGGGUCAGAUGCAAAGCUUUGGGAAUGGUCAAGAUAAUAUUGGAACUUUGGAGGUUAUGCUUCCGAGUGAGUUUCUUGGAGGGGGGGUGGUAAUGAGUAGUCUUCAUGGGACGCAGAAGGUUGAGAGUGGGGGGAGGUCGGGGUUUGAUACUGUUGCUACUGCUUGCGCACCGGUGUCUAAUGGGUAUAAGGUGACGAUGGUGUACAAGCUUUCUGCUCGUAUUAGUCCGAAGCCUUUGGCAUCGAGAUUAUUUCCUUCCGGGGGGAUAAUUACCGCCGUCCAAGAUAUUGCAACGGCCGACGAACCCGUGGCAUACGCUAUGGAGUAUCAAGAGUAUACUCCAACAGACCUGGAGGAGAAAAAAUUCGUUGGUCUUGAUAGUACCUUGGUCCACCAUCUCAUCCAGGCGGUGAAAACAGUAGGCGGUCUAUCGCUUUACUGUGGAUAUAUCGUGACUACUUAUGAAUCAGGCGGAAGAGAUGUUCCGGAUAGUAUUGAAUAUUCAAAACUAGAUGGGUAUGAUCAUGUAGAUUUGGAUAUUGAUCGUAUGAAUAUGAAUUUUGAGUUGGAGGCUAUGGUACAUCUUGCUGGGUUUGAGAGGACGUUUGGGACGGAAGAUGAGACUUAUUGGGCGGGACCGAUUUUGACUUUGGGUCCGAGGUUGAGUGAGAUUGAGGUGGAGGUUGAUGGGGGUAUGGAACCUGAUGAUCCGCUUGAAGAGGAGGAUCCGGACGAGGAGUUUGAGAAAAAGCAUAUAUCAUGCUGUAUAUUUAUAUUUCCAACUUCGGCCGUCAGGUCGCUUAACUUGCGCACGAGGGCGCUCCUAAAUAGCCAGUCUUCGUGGCAUGAUCUUAAGGUGGCGAUUAACUCGAUUCCAGCGCCGCCAAUGAAUAAUCCGAAAUAUGUAGAAGCAAUCUGGGACAUUGUCGUCGAGGCUUGCUUGAUGUCGAAACCUUUUACGGAUGCGGAUAUAGAAGAUGCAGGAAACUUCCUCAAGGACAGCCUACGGGGGAUUUCUGCUGCGGAUUUACAGGGGGUAUGCGAUACAUUAGCACGUUCCAUGGUCUCUAAUAUCGAAAAAGAGGGAGAUUCUGUAAACAAGGUGGAACAAAAGACUAGUUAUAGUUAUGACUAUUACUAUUCUUCUCGACCUCGACCACCUCCUCCGAGGACAUAUACUAUUGUUGCCCAAAACUUCACGCGGAUGCUGAGGCUUUUCCCAUUCCAAAUUUCUGAGAUUUUCAUGCCUAGAUUUGCUAGGGUAUUGGGAUCGAAGUUCUUGGUCGUGGAUUAUAAUGUGGUCUUAGCGAUACGCUUGCUAUUUGAGCUCAUGUCUCAAGAAAAUGAGGGACGGUUUACUUCUAUCCUCCGAAAAAUAUUCGUACAGCACCCGAAUGAGAACUUCCGACGAAUGUUGGAUGCAGAAAUAAAAGCGCGAUCGACGCCUACAAUCUUGGAAAUCUGGGGAUCCUUAGCCUUCAAGAUCCAUGAGUACAUUGUCGAAGGGAUUCGCAAACGCUUUGAAUCAAAUUCGGAAUUAUGUUUCGCAUAUAUGGAUCACCAAAUCGCUGGGUUCGACGUCCCGGGUGGUUCGGCCGCCCUUGGAAGGGUACAGCAACUUGAAUGGCAACUCACAAGUUACUUUAAAAUCCUCCAAGAACUAGGGGAUCCGGAUUCAGUCAGGUUAAUCGUCCAAUUUCUGAGUGUUGUCAAGACAAAGGGUCAUAAACAAUGGGUUCUGGAGACCCUCAAGGGAGUCGCGCAUGAAGUAAAAGAACUUCCAAGUUCCUCGAUGCUUCUGCAAUCACAACCUGAUGUUAUCAAAACUUUUCUUGCAAACUACCAGAAUGCAGUUUUCAAUCUUCAUCCUAAAUUGAAAUCGCCACCCCUUACAGCGAGUUUAGCACUUCCGAAAAUUACCAUGGAUUUUCAGCGAAGGCAUAAUGAAGAUGUCGAGGAGUUUCGUACGGCUCUUGCGGUUAGGAGGAAUCUUCUAGCUGCAAUUGGUGUAGAGGUUGAUGAUGAAGGGCGAAUAAUUGGAACAGCUAAUCAAGCUUAUACGGGGAAUUCGUCGGCGGUUGCGCCGAACUUGGGGUUUGGGACAACGUCUGGGGGGGUUAAGAGAAAGGUUAUUGAUUUGACGAGUGAUUGA